AUGGAACAAGGACCAGCGCUUCUUUGGUUAAAUUCCCCAAAUGAUUUAAAUGAUUCAACGAACGACAGCGUCAUGACUUUUCCAUUACAAGAAACUAAAAGUUUAUAUUCUUGUAUUGUCUGCAAUCCUGUGUGCGGCUUCUGUGCACCUACUUACAUCAAUACAAUGAGAAACUCGUCCGACGAAAAACUAAAGACACUCUAUCGUGAAUCGUGUUCAGGCUUUAUUCCAUUGAAUUGGUCGACACAAUCCAAUCGAGACUACAUCAAUGGUACCUUAUGUGGAAUUUUAACCGGAAAUAGAAUCUUACACCACGUAUCGAUGUUACUCUUAGCUAUGAUUGAUGAUCAUAAGUCGAAUUGGUUCAAUGAAGAAAUCAGAAAGUUCCUAAUAAAUCAAAUCGCUGAAAAUAUUUCUUCGAACGAUUCAUUUCUCGAUGAAGGAACACGAAUGCCAUUUGUCAAUGCUAUUCAAGAAGUCAUCAAGCAAGAACACAUGUUUCUUCGUCAACCUUUCACAGCUUUCUGUCGAAUCUUAAAAUUCAAUUUCGAAUUUCAUCAACUGAACAUCCAUACGAUCAUUACACUUCUCCGCAAACGAUUUCUUCUGAUGUGUAUUCAAACUUAUUGUUUUCGAAUCAAAUAUCAUUCCGAAAUUCUUAUCAAACAAGUUUAUGAAAUGCUUUUUGACACCUUCAAUGACGUUCCUCUCUGGAAUUCACUGAAAUCGAUUGAUAUUAAUGAUAAACCAAUGAAAGCAUUUCUCUCAAAAGAUUAUGAUGAAUUAAUGCCGAUGUUGGAUCAAUUAGCUGAGAGCAUUGGUUGUGAUCGUACGAGAAUAUUUCCAAACGAAUUUGUUUCUUUUGUUCUAUAUCUUCUAACAACACUCAGUAGUGAUGGAUCCGACCGACCGAUAAAGUUAUAUAACAAUUUGGCUUAUAGAUAUGAGUCUAUUCGGGGCGAUUUCAAUAUUCAAUGGGACGAAGUAGUGAAACUGGUGGAUGAAGAUCUUUUAAAUGCGUCCCGUAUGCCAUCUGAUAUAUAUAUUUCUGGAUAUGUAAUCAAUUUAGGUCAGCACUCUCGUCCAAGUAAAUUGUUUCUUGGAGUAACACCUUUAUGGGAUGAAAGUAUGGAAAACCAACGUAUAUCUGUAGUGGAUUUGGCACGUAGAGUGCAAUCAAAAUUGAAUGAACAAUUGAAAAAGAGAUCGAACGGUGCCGUUGCCAACCAAUCCAUUCUUUAUUUUCCGCUACAUCUGGCAGUUGCUGAAGUAAUUGAGAAUUCUUAUUCCCACAAUGAAAACAUAACAGAUGAAAUGAUUCUGGACUUUUUGACUAUUGAAGAUUAUUUAAAAUUUCGAAAGACCACAAUCAAUAUGACUAAUAUUAUUAAUUGGACUAAUCCGAGUUGGAAUCGAAGCAAAUUGAUUGCAGAAUUAAUGGCUAGUGGGAUGGAAUACGAUCGAGAAACAGAGACAGUUUUAUUUGAUUCAAUUCAAUUGAAAGUUCCAUGUCUGAUCAGUAUAAAGAAUAGUGGAAUUGAUUUUAAAAGUCUUAUAGUUCGAGUACAACAACUACAUCUUGCUCGCAACGCAAGUUCAAUGAAAAUCAAUAGCACCUGUCUGGACAUCACAAUCAAAGAUAUAACUGAAUUCAGUCAAAAGAAGGAACUAGAACGUGUUAGUUCGUCGAUUGAAGUUCAUGUUGACCAGAUUGACGAAUAA